AUAGUGGAAGGAGUACCGCACAGCAGACCGCGCCCAGCAGAGGGAACAUGAGGUACCAGGCGUGUGUGUGGGCGGUACUGUGCCUUGCCGGGUGCAGCAGAGCUGGGGUGGGGGGACUGUACCCGCGGCAGACCGCCAGCAGAGACCUGCUCUCAUUGGACGGGCUGUGGAACUUCCGGCUGACACCCACGUCCGACUCCCAGCAAGGAUACAAGCAGCAAUGGUACAAGCAGCAGUUGAAGAAAACAGGAAGAGUGGAACCAAUGUAUGUUCCUAGCAGCUACAACGACAUGCAAACUGAUGAAGCUACCAGGGAUUUUGUAGGCGUGGCCUGGUAUGACAAGUUGUUCUACGUGCCUACAGACUGGAAAGACCAGAGGGUUUGGUUACGGUUUGGAGGAGUUGAUUACAAGGCUGAUGUAUGGUUGAAUGGGAAUUUGGUAGCCCAGCAUGAGUUCGGUCAGCUUCCGUUCUAUGCUGAGAUAACAAGCCGUGUGCAGUUUGGGAAAAAGAACUUGGUGACUGUAGCGGUCAACAACACACUGUCCAAACACUCUAUCCCCCAAGGAGCUGUAUCCACCAUCAGCACAGAGAAAGGAAAGGUUAAAUUUCCUAGCUACCAAUUCGAUUUUUUCCACUACUCAGGGAUUGAUCAGUCAGUGCAGCUGUACACCACACCCAGAAUCUUCAUUGAUGACAUCACAGUGAAAACAGGAAUAAAUCUCACUACAGGCAUGGUGCAGUAUACUGUGACGGUCAGCAACUCAUCUGGCAGUCUGGACAGCACCGUUGUCACAGUGAAUGUGGUGCUGGUGGACAGAGAAGACCAGAAGGUUGCUACGGCCUCUGGGGCUUCAGGAAUGUUGGAGGUGCCUGAAGCGACCCUGUGGUGGCCACGGUACAUGAGCGCUGAUCCAGGAUACCUCUACCACCUUCACGCCACGGUGACGGUGAACUCUACCCUCGCAGACACAUACGUGCUCCCGGUGGGGAUCAGAGUUAUCGAGUGGAGCGACAAGAAACUGUUAAUAAACAAGAAGGAACUUUAUCUCAGAGGCUUCAAUCGGCACCAGGAUUCUGAUUUUAGAGGACGAGGACUGGACUACUCAGUAGUGACGAGAGACCACCUGCUGCUGGGCUGGAGUGGUAGUAACAGCUACAGAACUACUCACUACCCUCACUCAGAAGAAAUAAUGGACAUCUGCGACAAAAUGGGGUUCUUGGUUAUCGACGAGGUUCCUUUCACCAACAUAGAUGGCUGGGACAGCGAGUUUCUAGUCAAGCACAAGCAGAUUCUGUCGGAGAUGAUUGCUCGCGACAAGAACAGACCAAGUGUGGUGAUGUGGAGCAUCGGCAAUGACCUCGACACCAGCACCAACGGAACAACAGGUUAUGUCAGGUCGAUUGUUCAGCACGUGAAGUCUCUUGAUACAUCUCGCCCUGUGACACUGGCCAUCAACCAACCGGUCAGGGAAGACCAGUCGGCUUCUCAACUAGAUGUGAUCAGCUUGAACGCCUACUUUGGCUGGGACAGCACCUAUGGCCGCCUAGAUGGCAUCACGCGCAACUUGGAGAACUUGGUCCACGACUUCCACACGAAACACAACAAGCCGGUGCUCGUGACAGAGUAUGGUGCAGAUGCUUAUCAGGGACUUCACAAUCUGCCCGAGGCCAUGUGGUCGGAGGACUACCAGACGGCGCUGCUGUCGCGCCACUUCCAGGCCUUGGACGCCCUGCGCCGGGGCGGCGGCCUGGUGGGCGAGCUGGCCAUGUUCUCCGACUACAAGACACGACAAGAAAGAACAAGAGUGGAUGGCAACAGGAUGGGUGUGUUCACAAGACAAAGGCAGCCCAAACAGUCCGCCCACAUGCUCCGACAGAGGUACUGCGCUCUGGCGGAGAUUCUGGACAACGCAACUCUGCCCUCAGACGUCAACCCUUACAUAUCUGAGAGCGCAAGCCUUCUGUCUCUUGUCAAAACGGAACUGUGAUGUUCAUGGAAAAUAUUUGUAAACAUUACUAACAAUUAAAUAAGUCAAUUUUUUUCAACUACUACACCAAUUUAGUCUGGUAAGUGGAUUUAUUAUUAAACAUUUAUAAUUUAACUAAAAUUCCCCCCCCCCCCCCCUUAUUUGGGUGUUAUAAAAAUAUAAAUCACUAAAGUGUUUACUCUUAGUGAAAGAAAUCAUGGGAGUGGUUUUUUAAGUACCAAACCAGGGACAAAAGUUUUGAAUGUAGAAUGAAAUUACCUAGUGUAUUUCGGUUUUAAUUGUUUUAUAAUUAUGGACUAGUUUGUUAAUAAUUUAAUUUUCAUAAUAAAUACCUUGUAGGAAGCACAAAGAGCUACUGGUUUGAAAAUUUUAAAUAAUUUUUCUGUAUUUCUGAAUACUUAAAGGAUAAAAUAUAUUUCCAGUAAUAAAAUUCACGAUUCUGUCAACAACAAAAACUAAAAACUUAUGUUUCAAAAAACUACCUAUUAAAAAAUAUAUAAGUACAACCUUUCAACAUUUUUUUCAAUUAAUUAUUUCCAGUUUUUUUCUUACCAUGAAAAUGUAUAUAUAGUAUUUUGUCUGAUGAAAAAAUAGUGAGAUAAGAAAACAAAAAUUGGCUACAAAAUAACUCUUACUAUGGUAAUAAGAAAUCAUCAAACCCAAAUUAAAUAGUAACAGACAGGAGUGCUAACAUU